AAAAGAAUGUCAUCGUUCACGGGACGCGGUUCUCCCUUCCUUUAAAUGUUCAGGUCACAAAAUUAAGAAGGGGGGCAUCGAUCGUUGAGCAGUUGCUGAUCAUCUCUCUCUCCCCACCUUCCUUUUCUCUCUGCGACGGAACUCAGGAUAAUCUUUGAAGGAGGAAGGAAGAGGUCGACGAUGGGGGUGGAGAAGCUUGUCCCUGUCACGGUCUUUAGCCACGACGGCCGGAUUCAGAAGCUCGAAACCUUUCCUCACUAUGUUGCUCGGCAAUUGGGCAUCACAGGUGCAGAGAAUCAUCCCGUUUUCUGCAAGUUGGUUGGCGACUACUUGAGAGCCACAGAGGGUUGGAAGGAAGAAAUACGUGAUUAUUUUGCUGAUGAAUUUGACGGAAAGGCUCUUUGCGAGAAGCUGAUCGGUGAGCUUGAGGCGUGCGCUCUUAGCUACUUCGCCUUUCAUUGGAACCAUUCUUCAUUCCUCGUUACUGCGGCUUUGCGCAUGGAGUCUCCACCGAAAAGCAAGCUCAGAAACAUGGUGAUGGCAGCUACCAGGACUCAGAGGAUCGAGAGGCUGACCAAGGACCUGAAGGUGACUCGAGUUUUCUCGACCCUGGUGGACGAGUUCAAGGCCAUGGGCAAAGAGUCCCGCACCUCGCCGGUCACUGAGACAGUGUCUUCUGAGAAAGCAAGUGAGCGGAGGCCCGUCCUCCUCCUCAUGGGCGGCGGCAUGGGUGCAGGCAAGAGCACCGUCCUCAAGAAUAUACUCAACGAUGGGUUCUGGGCAGAGACAGCCAAUAAGGUUGUAGUCGAAGCAGACGCCUUCAAGGAGACGGACGUCAUCUUUAGAGCCCUUCGCUCUAUAGGCCACCCUGACAUGAUUGAUACAUCAGAGCUGGUGCAUCAAUCAUCAACGCAUGCAGCUUCAUCACUGCUGGUAACGGCAUUGAAUGAGGGGCGCGACGUGAUCAUGGACGGGACCUUGUCGUGGGAACCGUACGUGGUACAGACGAUCGCCAUGGCCAGGAACGUGCAUCGGCGACGGUACCGUAUGGGGGUCGGAUAUAAGGUUCUUGAUGAUGGAUCUGUUACUGAAAACUACUGGGAGGAAGUUGAGGAAGAUGAAUCCACUAGGACUUGUAUGAACAACAGGAAGCCUUACAAGAUCGAGUUUGUUGGCGUUGUUUGCGAUGCUCACCUAGCCGUUGUCCGUGGCAUCAGGCGAGCCAUAGUAAUGGGUAGAGGAGUGAGGGUGAAGUCACAGCUCAGAUCUCACAAGAUGUUUGCUAGUGGCUUACACAAGUACUGUGACUUGGUGGAUGAAGCCAAGCUCUAUUCCACCAAUGCAAUUGCAGGCCCACCUAAGUUGAUCGGAUGGAAGAAAGAGGGAGCUACCAACAUGCAAAUUGAUCCCAAUGACUAUGAAUGGCUCAGAAGAGUUUCAACGCUGAAUGAGGAUGCAGACUCAGUAGAGGACCUCUACAAGGUUGAAGACUCGUGCCUCAACGCAAGGCAAAUCUGGAGAGAUGUGGUUGCCUCCCCAACCAGAAAAGACAACCAACUUCAUCUCUUGAAUUCCAUCAUCGAGAUUGAAGGCCAUGAUUUUCUGCGUUAUGAACUCCAUUACCACAGGAGUCCACCUGAACUACAGUGCCAAGAGUGAAGCACGUGAAGCUGCAAGUUUUAGCCGCAGUUCUAACUGUAUAGAAAAUGCAUUCACUUGCACUAUGGCAAGGUAAAAAAGCCAGAGUCAGGUGCAAUCUAACUGUGCAUAUGUUAUGCAAGUGAGCUUCAGUCAUACAGCUGUGAUUUUCAUAUUCAAAGACCUAUAGACAUGGUCUGAAAUGUGUAAUUUCUUUACAGUUUUAAAUGCAUAGCAACAAAACUCAGAUAAAAGUAUCUGAAAUCUGAGUUGUAUGUUUUGGCCCA